AUGUCGCUCUUCACCUGGUGCACCCGCCGGUGCGGAGGGCUGGCCAUGCUCGCAGCUCUGGCCCUCUCCUACUGGGUUCCCCAUCCCUCAGUCGCCCACACCGCUGAGGGCGCCGGCUUGUGGACCGUCAUAUUCGCCUACUACUGCCUCUUCAUCCAUGUUCUCGUCGCCGCCUUCCCUCUUCGCUCCUGCUGGGCCAUGUGGGACCUCACCCGCAGCUUGAAGAGAGCCGCCCACAGCAAGGCCCUCCAGAGCCUCAAGUUUGCCCACCGCCGUCGGGGCUCCUCCACCUCUCUGUCAAGCUCCGAGACCCUGACCUCGUCCCAUGGAUCCUCCGCGAGCAGCGAAGCUGGCGACCUGGAGCCCGAGCUCUACACCGAUGGCGAUGCCGAGCCCGAUAGCGUCGUCCACGCUAUCGUUAUCCCGAACUACAAGGAGGAGCUGGACACCCUGAGGGAGACAUUGGAGGUCUUGGGCUGCCACCCCCAAGCCCGCAACAGCUACGACGUUUACCUGGCCAUGGAAUCUCGUGAGAACAACGUGGAGCUCAAAGCCAUGGGGCUUGUUCAGGAGUUCAUCAAGAAGUUCCGCUCCAUCGACUUCACGAUCCACCCGUCUGACAUUCCUGGCGAGAGCGCUGGCAAGGGCAGCAACAUGGCCUGGGCUGUUCGCAAGUUGAGCGAGAAAUACUCUAUGGAAGCCCGCAAGGAUGUCAUCGUCACAGGCAUUGAUGCUGACAGCCACCUCUCGUCCAACUACUUCGCUCAUCUUACGUCCAUGCACUUGUCCUACCCCGAGACCGCUAAGACGACCAUGUACGCCGCGCCAAUCAUCUUCGACCGCAACUCGCACAGCGUCACAGCCCUCGUCCGCGUCGGCGACAUCCUCUGGGCGUCAGCUGGCAUGUCUGGCCUCUACCGCGGCUCAACCAUUGCCCCACCAACUUCUGUCUAUUCCGUGCCUCUCGAGCUGGUCGACCGCGUCGGCGGCUGGGACUGUGACCCCGAGGCGAUUGGCGAGGAUCUGCACAUGUACCUGAAGUGUUUCUUUGCGCUCAACGGAAACCUGACCGUCCGUACUAUCGUCAGCCCAGUCAGCCAGAGCAACGUCACCGGCGGUGCAGGUGGCGGGCUCAAGGGCAUGGUCGCCGAUAUCAAGGCCCGAUACAAGCAGGCCAUCCGGCACAUGUGGGGAGCUCUCGACUCCGGUUACGCCAUCCGCAAGGUCGUCGAGCUCUGGCAGGAGAGGAAGCACACCUCUCGCGCCGCCUGCCGAGAACGGUAUCUUCUCGACGUGACACACGACACUCUCAAGGGACCCAACUGGGAGCGCAUCAUCUACCUUUUCCACCGCCUGUUCGAAGCCCACUUCCUGCCCCUGCAAACCACCAUCCUCAUCAUUGCUUCAACUCUGUACGUUUGGGCCACGGAGGGCAAGCCGGACGUGCAUGGGAUCAACUGGAUUUUCGACGCGUGCAACGUCCUGAGGACUGCUGGCUUCAUGGAGAUUGCAUUCCUGCUGUUCCUGUACGAGAGCUUCCACAGGAUCUGUGUGCAGACUCGCGAGAAGGAAAUGAGCGACGCAGGCCUGGCCAAGGGCAUGAACUUCUCCCACCGCCACGUGAGCAAGAACUGGAAGGACUACUGCAUGGUUCCUAUCGUCGCCCCUCUGUUCGGUGCCGUUCCCUGCGCGCAGGCUCAGGUCUGCCACUUCUGGACGCUCGAUCUUGUGUACACGGUCAGCAAAAAGGUCACACGGCAAAGAUCACGGUCCAUGGCGGCAGCCACGCUGGCAUAA